CGUGAGGCGGGGCGGGGGCUGCUGUGUUAUUGCUGCUGCUGUCGGUCGGGACGUGAUCUCCUCGGUUCCUCUCUCCAGGCUCGGAUUAAAAUAAACACAAAUAACGGAUAAUAACCGGGAACUGACCGAUUCAUCUGUCCAGUCCGUCGCUGUCUCGAGUCAGGAUGGGGAGCUGCUUAACUGUGGGGCCGAACGAAGCUCUGGUGGUCUCAGGUGGCUGCUGUGGCUCUGACACGAAGACGUACGCCGUUGGAGGCUGGGCCUGGGCUUGGUGUCUCAUCUCAGACACCCAAAGGAUAAGCUUAGAGAUCAUGACCCUGCAGCCUCGAUGUGAAGACGUGGAGACAGCAGAAGGCGUCGCCAUCACUGUCACUGGAGUGGCUCAGGUGAAAGUCAUGACGGAGCACGAUCUGCUGGCGGUCGCUUGUGAACAGUUCUUGGGUAAAUCAGUCAUAGACAUCAAAGCUGUGGUUCUGCAGACUCUGGAGGGACAUCUUCGCUCUAUUCUAGGUACCCUGACCGUAGAGCAGAUCUACCAGGACAGGGACCAGUUUGCCAAACUGGUGAGGGAGGUGGCGGCUCCAGACGUCGGCAGGAUGGGCAUCGAGAUCCUCAGCUUCACCAUCAAGGACGUGUACGAUAAACUCGACUACCUGAGCUCCCUCGGAAAGACCCAGACGGCAGCUGUCCAGAGGGACGCUGACAUCGGUGUUGCUGAGGCAGAAAGGGAUGCUGGGAUACGGGAGGCCGAAUGUAAGAAGGAGAUGAUGGACGUCAAAUUCCAGGCUGACACCAGGAUGGCCGACUCCAAGCGAGAGCUGGAGCUGCAGAAAGCCUCUUUCAACCAGGAGGUCAACACCAAGAAAGCCGAGGCCCAGCUGGCCUACGAGCUGCAGGCAGCCAAGGAGCAGCAGAAGAUCCGCCUGGAGGAGAUCGAGAUCGAAGUGGUGCAAAGGAAGAAGGAGAUCACUAUCGGAGAGAAGGAGAUCGACCGCACAGACAAGGAGCUCAUCGCCACCGUGAAGAGGCCCGCUGAGGCCGAGGCUUAUAAGAUGCAGCAGCUGGCCGAGGGGCAGAAGUUAAAGAGGGUGCUGAUCGCCCAGGCUGAAGCAGAGAAGAUCAGGAAGAUCGGUGAGGCAGAGGCUUCCUCCAUUGAAGCUAUCGGAAAGGCCGAGGCUGAGAAGAUGAGAAUGAAGGCUGAGGCCUAUCAGCAGUACGGAGAGGCAGCUAAGACCGCCCUGGUCCUGGAGGCCCUGCCUAAGAUCGCUUCCAAGGUGGCCGCGCCGUUAGCCAGGACCAACGAGAUCGUCAUCCUCAGCGGGGAGGGCAACCGCGUGACGGGCGAGGUCAACCGCCUUUUGGCUGAACUUCCUGUGUCUGUCAACGCUCUCACUGGAGUGGAUUUGACAAAGAUCCCGCUGCUGCAGAAAAUGACCAGCGCUCAUGCCUGAGAGAAGCAGUGACUCCACACGACUUCAGUAUCUGUUGUAUGCACUCUGAUAGACUGCCUUUAUUACACUUGAAGACUUUUGUUGUUUUAUACGUAUAUACUGUAAACCAAGUGAAUUUUGGAAACCUCUGGUGCCUUACUUUAUACAGGACCAGAAUAUCUGCAUGCACUGCUGCUCAUUCAAAGAUUUUUUUAUUAAGUUUUACUGUGAGGAUAUUUUAUGUUGUCUUUUUUUGUGUUUUUAAAAGUAUGAUUUGUAUUUAAAUUGUUAAAUUGGCCUGUUUGUAUGAGCUGUCGUUGAAUAUGAGCUAAUGUGAGAUGUUAGGCUGAUGUUAGUUCAUAUUCUUCAGUUUUCAGACAUCCGGGCCCUGCUUUCUCAAACAAUGAGGCCUCUGUUGGCCUUCUUGUUGAUUUAUAUACCUCUGUCUUUAUUUAAUGACACAUCUUCAUUCCCUUGAGAAUCUGAAUUGUUUUACUGUACUCGUGAAGCUUUUGUUGUUCUGUACAUGUUGUUAUUUUUAUUGUUAAUCAGGUUGAUCCUGUCUCAGUGAUUGAUUUUUACAAUGUAACAGGUGCUUACAAUCUUAAACAGAAGCCCUUUUCAUUGUGCAAAUUUUAGUCUGCUCCUCUGCAUCGAGUUUCAUUCUCUCACUCUGUGGAUCGCAGGCGUGACAGAUGCAGAAGUUCAUCGAACGCUGACCAGAAAACAGGAAGCGCGGUCAGAUCUUGUGCUAAUGUGGUUAGCUUGUAAUUUGGUCCUUUAAUAUUAAGUGUGAUUUAAAUGUAAAAUGCAGAUAGUCUUAGUCUUUAUUAAGAUUGAAAAUAAAAAAAAAGAUGAAGAUGAAGAAAAGAUAGAUUUCAUGGUUAAAUGAAGAAGAAAAAAAAACAUUGUCGGAGUAGAAAUCUGUUUAUAUUGUGGAGAAAAAAAAGUUUCAUGUGAAUAGAUUCUGAAAAAUGAAAGGCCAAACCGUGAUGCCAAAUAGAGUAGAUGACCUUUUAUUUUUAUUGUAUCAAAGGAUUAACUGCAUAGUUUAUCUGACGUUUGAUUUCAUACUACAGAGAUCUUUAGAUGCUAAGCCAUGUUUGACAGCUUGUGUCAACAAAUCAGACUUUUACACUUUUCAGAGACGCACAGUUCCUGCUCAAUGUUUGUACAUGUUCUCCUUGAUUUGUUUUAUUAACUGUGACAUCAAAUACUGAAGGAUAUUUAAUCAGAGCUCUUUAACUUAUUCAGAAAAUGUUCUUCUGUUCUAAAACGUGAUACUACUGUUUGUUUGUAAAUGAUCAUGAGCUUUGUUGUUUUGCUCUGUAACGCUUCGCUUCAGUGCAGCAGUACAAAGGAUCAUCACACUGCUGUCUGUUAGAGGUUUCUGAGGGGGAGACAGCAGGUAUAAUUUAUUAUUUAAGAGUCAGCCCCCUCCCAUGAAGAGUGUCUCACUGACGGGCGACACAGCAGAGUAGUGUUUUAUGUGCGGCUGAAGAAACAGCCGGUAUGAGCUUACCUUGGCGCAUUUCCAGACGACUGUUAUCGUUGUUGUUGACAUAGAUUCUUGUGCUCAUCCUGGGUUGAUUUGUGUUUCCAUCAUUCUCUGCUGAGUCGGUGACUUUAUGAAUACUGUGA